UUUAAGUACUUUGCUUCGGUCGGAAUCAUCAUCUCUACAAAAACACUAUUUGCUUCGUCUCUCCCUUCGUCUUCUACCUUAUCCAUUUCGCGCCACCAAGCUUCAAGCUUUUCUUCUUUAUCCUCUCACAGCUUUCUCCGAUCUGCCUGAGUUUUUCUCCAGUGUUUAGUGUAAAAGUGGAUGAAGAAACUAAGAUUUGGUAAAGUCUAGAAGGCAAUAUAGAGCCACUGCUUUGAGGAGGUUGCAGGUGAUUAUUAUAUCAGUAUGGUGAGGCAACAAAGAGCCUCUAAGGUUCAUGAGGAUAGAUAUCCCUUAUGUCAGGGCAAGGAUGAGUUGGUGAAGCAUGAUAUGUUGGAUCCGCCAAGGUAUCUCCGAAGAAGUAAAGAAGAUUCCCCAGGAAAGGCGCUCAGUUUUGGGGUUUUGGAUUGGAAACAGAUGGAAAAAUGGAAGGAUACUAAUGCAGAGGGAAGCAAAGGGUCUUGUUGUAGCUAUGAGGACACUGCUGCAAGUUCGUUGGAACUAGAUUUAUCUACUGGUGUUAUCAAAAGAUUGGAGGUGGAUUUGAAGUCUCAGCACAUGAGAAAUCACAGUUUCUCACUUAGAUCACAAGCUUGUUCAGUUGCAAUGGAUGCUGAUACAAUGAUGAGAAUGGAUCAAAAGGGAAAACGAGAUCAUCAACUUCUGAGUAUGAAGCAGAAAGAACAGCAAGCAUCUCUAAACAAGAGUCUAGUAAAAAAAGAGCUAAGUAAUGCCUCUGAGAUUAGCCUGUGUACCUCUCCAGGGUCAGAGACAAGUUCCAAGCUUUUAUCUGAUGUAUCUAGCACAGUUGAAGAUAGAAGGCAUGAUGUCCAAGGCGAGUUUUCAAGUCCGGCAAAUGUGAUUGAAAGAAACAAAAAUUUUGUUGAGAAACCAUGCUUGUUGGAGCAAAAUAUUCACACUUUGACAUCUAAAAAGGCAAGAGAUGCUUCCCCUAACCGGCGGUUUAGCUUCAGUUUUAGUCAGAUGAGUAGAAGUUUCAGUUCCAAAGAAAGCUCAUCAUCAUUGUCCAGCGUAUCUAACGCUUCAGCUAAAUCAGGUCCUUUGACAUUCACUGACUCAGUUUACCCCAAUCACUCGACCAGAGCAAAGCAGAAGGGUCACAGCAGAAGUAGAUCAGGUCCUAUACUAAAACCCAAAACCGAAAAAAGGAGUGUCCCAUUGGCUUCAAAACCUUCCAACACAAAACCACCAACCAUGGAGAAGAAGCAAUGCAGCUCAAGAGUUCAUGCUCUUUUGCAAUUCACAUUGAGAAAAGGAAUCAAUUUGUUUCAGUUUGUGGUUGGAGACAACAACGACAAUAACGUUCUUGCUGCCACCAUGAAAAGUUCCGAUUCAUCUUCACGGUCUUACACAUUGUACACCAUCAACGAGGUCAAGAACAAGAGUGGAAACUGGUUAGGCCGCCACAAGAAUGAACAUCCAUUUGUACAUACAACAAUUGGUCAAAUGAAGACUGUCACUUCUUAUACCUCAGAAGAUUCAUCAAUCCACAAAUCAGAAUCUGUUCUGUUCAGUCCUUCAACAAACGAAGAGCUUGCAGCAAUUGUUCAGACAAGAAACAUGAGUCAGAGACAGAACAAAACUACUAUCAUACUCCCAAGUGGAGCUCACACAUUACCCAAAGACAGUAACAAUUCCCCUUUGCCGUUGAUUGAGCGGUGGAGAUCAGGUGGAGCAUGCGACUGCGGUGGUUGGGACAUCGGUUGCAAACUCCGUGUCAUAUCUAAUGAUCAUACAAAGUCUCACACUUUCUCAAGCUACUUUCAACUGUUUGAUCAGGAAGGAGACGAGCCAGUAUUCAAAAUAGUGAGCCACGGCGAUGAACUCCACUCUGUUGAGUUCAGCUCAUCGGUCACUCUCUUGGAAGCGUUCUUUAUUUCGUUAGCAGUAACCAGUCAUCAGAGUUGGUGUCAGGAGAAAGAAGAAGAAGUAGUUUUGAUCGGAGAUGGUCUGUUGAAGAGAGAAACACCGGCGAAAUACGCAACAAACCCACCGGUUUCUCCAAUCGGUCGGGUCUAGAGAGUAGAGAAGAAAGUGUGAAGCUUCAUGGGCUAGCUAGCCUGUGUUGGAUCUGGUAUGGACUGGGCUUUAAUAUAAUUGUAAUUUAGAGUUUAUGAACGAACAUAAGAGUUAAUCGUUUUUAGAA